AUGUCUUCUCAGCCGCUCUUGCAAACUGCACCGGGCAAGCGCAUCGCUUUGCCCACCCGAGUCGAGCCCAAGGUCUUCUUUGCCAACGAGCGGACGUUUCUAUCAUGGCUCAACUUCACCGUCAUCCUCGGCGCCCUGGCCGUGGGCAUGCUCAACUUUGGCGACCGGGUAGCCUUUAUCUCAGCCUUCCUUUUCACUGGCGUCGCCAUGCUGACCAUGAUGUACGCGCUGGCGACAUAUCACUGGAGGGCCAAGUCGAUACGAAUGAGGGGCCAGACCGGCUUUGACGACCGGUUUGGCCCAACCUUCUUGGCCAUCAUUCUCUUGCUGGCCGUCGUCGUCAACUUUGUCCUCCGCAUCACGGACCAGUCCAAGAAGCAAAAGCAGGGCUAG